CACUGACACCUCUGCAAAAGUACCUGACCAAAACAGAAAAUUAAGGUCAGAUUAAAAAGAUCCUUAUACUCACAAGGAAAGCUAAGAAUAUAAAUUACUGUAUAGGCUGAAAGAAGAUGAAGCAGGGCAUUCUUCUUCUCCUCCCAUGGAGUGUUUGCCCUUCCUUUAACCGUCCUUUCUUCUCUAAUUCCCGUAACCAGAAGUAUAUUCCGUUCAUUGUCUCCGGUGCAUUAGAGUCGGCCAAUCAGGAGGGGCUUCUGACGGCGAGGGAGAGAAGACAGCUGAGAAACGAGAGGAGAAAAAGCAAGGCGGAUUACAAUUGGAGGGAAGAGGUGGAAGUGAGGCUUUCGAAAAAGCCGAAGAAACAAUACCAAUCCUGGACCGAUGAGCCCAUUCUGGACAACCUUGCGAAAAUGGGUCCUCAAUGGUGGGUCGUCCAGGCCUCCAGGGCUAAAAGCCAGUACACUGUCGAGCGUCUUGCUCGAUCAUUUUCCCUCAAAUUCCCCGAUCUCGAUUUCCAGGUUUAUAUUCCAUCUGUGCAAAUCAAAAGGAAAUUGAAGAGUGGGAAAUUCUCUGUUAAACCAAAACCUCUAUUCCCCGGCAAUGCUUUCAUAAGGUGUAUGAUGAACAGGGAAAUACACAACUUCAUUAGAGAAUAUGAAGGCAUUGGAGGCUUCAUUGGAUCCAAGGUCGGAAACACAAAGCAAUAUAUGACCAAGCCUAGGCCUGUAAAAGAGGAAGAUAUGAAGGCAAUAUUCAGAGCAGAGAAGGAAGAGCAAGAGAAAGCUGAUAAAGCCUUUCAAGAAGCAGAGCAGCAAAUAGAAGAAGCAAAGAAAGAGAAAGAGAAUAAACCUCUUCGAGCUGACCAUAAGAUUUUAGUCCCGGGCUCAACCAUUCAACUAGUUUCUGGAAGCUUCUCUGGGGUUUCAGGCAUUCUUAAGAAGCUUGACAAAAAUGCCCAGCUGGCAACUGUUGGAUUGACACUGUUUGGCAAGGAAACUUUAGUGGACGUAGAUGUUAAAGAUAUUGCUUCUGAGGAGGUUUGACUACAUAUUCAAAGACCGUCCACUGAUAAGCUUCAUUUUUUCUGGAGGAAGGAGUGGAUCACUUUAAAGCAAGGAAACAGUCCAUCAGCUCUAGCAUCGGAGGGAAGUGUAAUCCUUCCUCAUCGAAAAUUCGAAAUAGGUCUAAAAUAAGACGUGUGUAGACAGACAUCUGAGGAUUUACAUAGAACCUUGUCUGGGAAAGGCUAGCAAAAAAAUAAGUGGGGAGUAAAGUUGUUGUAAUAGCCCCAAAUGGGUUGUAUAGUUACAACAAAGGAUGACACCCCAUCCUCGAGGGAAGUGUAUUUACAAAGGCACUCUCUUACUAUCAAGUGAGUUACACCCCCUGACGGUUGUGUAUUUACAAAGGAUAUAAAUAGAAUAAAUCUGCAGAGGGAAGGCAGGCUCUUGUUAGAUCAUUUGACUGGGACUGGGAAGUUGGAGUUCUAUCUCCUUCUUUGGGACAAUUCUUGUACGGUUUACCUCCAUUGAAUGAAAUCACAGUUUUCUUCUUUUAUGCCUGGUUAAUUUCUGUUAAUUGUACUGAAAGUGAAAUAGAAUAAAUCUGCAGAGGGAAGGCAGGCUCUUGUUAGAUCAUUUGACUGGGACUGGGAAGUUGGAGUUCUAUCUCCUUCUUUGGGACAAUUCUUGUACGGUUUACCUCCAUUGAAUGAAAUCACAGUUUUC